ACCAACCCAUUUUUUUUUUUUUAAAUAACUAACAUUUUCCAGGAUCCUUAACUAUCUAAAACUUACCUAGAAACAUAGGAAGUGACUGCUUAUUAACUUGAAACUAUGAAGUCUAAGGUCAACUGUGCUCAGAACCCAACUUGUAGCAUAAUGAUAUUUCAUCCAACCAAAGAAGAGUUUAAUGAUUUUGAUAAAUACAUUGCUUAUAUGGAAUCCCAAGGUGCACACCGAGCAGGCCUGGCUAAGGUAAUUCCACCCAAGGAUUGGAAAGCCAGACAGACCUACGAUGAUGUCAAUGACAUCCUAAUAGCCACUCCUCUGCAGCAGGUGGCCUCUGGGCGAGCAGGUGUGUUUACUCAGUACCAUAAAAAGAAGAAAGCCAUGACCGUGGGGGAGUAUCGCCACUUGGCUAACAGUGAUAAAUACCACACUCCACCACAUCUGGAUUUUGAAGACUUGGAGCGAAAGUACUGGAAGAACCGCCUGUACGAUUCCCCGAUUUAUGGGGCUGACAUCAGCGGCUCCUUGUUUGAUGAAAACACUGAACAUUGGAACCUCGGAAACCUGGGAACAAUUCAGGACCUGCUGGAGCAGGAAUGUGGGGUUGUCAUCGAAGGCGUCAACACGCCCUACCUGUACUUUGGCAUGUGGAAGACCACCUUCGCUUGGCACACGGAGGACAUGGAUCUCUACAGCAUCAACUACCUGCACUUCGGGGAGCCCAAAACGUGGUACGCGGUGCCGCCGGAGCACGGCCGACGCCUGGAACGCCUGGCCAGGGCGCUUUUCCCAGGCAGUGCGCGGGCCUGUGAGGCCUUCCUGCGUCACAAGGUGGCUCUCAUCUCGCCCACCGUGCUCAGGGAGAAUGGCAUUCCCUUCAGUCGGAUCACCCAGGAGGCUGGCGAGUUCAUGGUGACAUUCCCCUAUGGCUACCACGCUGGAUUCAAUCACGGUUUUAACUGCGCGGAAGCCAUCAAUUUUGCCACCCCUCGCUGGGUUGAUUACGGCAAAGUGGCGUCUCAGUGCAGCUGCGGGGAGGCCAGGGUCAUGUUUUCCAUGGACGCCUUCGUGCGCAUUCUGCAACCCGAGCGCUAUGAGCUGUGGAAACAGGGGCAAGACCGGGCGGUCGUGGACCACACGGAGCCCACGACGCUGGCCAGCCCGGAGCUGACCGCCUGGAGGGAGGCCAGGGCACCCGCUAGAGCCACCUGGGGCCUGAGGCACCUCCCACCCCGCCGGGCCCCACGCCCCCCUAGGCCUGUGGCCUCCGGCGGUAGACACCGCCUCUGCGCCACUGUGGGCCCUGCUCCCCCGUGCUCCUCCACAGCCCGCGGUGCUACUGUAGAGCCUGAGGUGGCUGCCACCGCCAUGGCCCCCAGCUGCGCGGAGCCAGGCCGGACCCCACCACCUACCCCGGGUCCGUCCUCCUCCCGCCAUCUCCAGCGUUCACUUGGCAGAAGGGGUCGUGGUCGUCGUCCCCGAGAAUUUGGGGCUAAGGAGCAAACCGUCCAGGCCCCAAGCAAGAGGCGCCUUUCUGUGGACACAGCGCGUACAUCUCCAGGGCCUGAGGCUCAACCCCUAUCUGGAGAUGGACCUUUGGUGGACCACCCUGCACCUCUGAGUCCUGGACCCCAGCAUCCUGCUAAAGCUUCUGGGUGCUGUUGUGCCCCGCCCCACUAG